CCGGUCAUCACUGGGCAAAGCCUUGAGCCACCAACGGGCAACAAGUACGAAAAUCAAGCGUUUGAUUUUUUUUUUUUUAUUCCUUCAUGUUCCAAACAAGAAUUGGGUCGUGGGCCCUUCUCUCGGCCAUCGUUAUAGUUAGCCAACAGCUCAUAGCUCGCAGUUUAUCUUCAUUUUUCCUUGUUUCUGUUUGAAAACGAGGGGACUUUCGUUGGGUUUGCGCCGCAAGAAAAUCCCUCCCAAAAGCCAAAUUGUCACCUCUUUUUUUUUUCUUUAAUUUUCAUAUAAAAAAGCCAAUAUCUUUGCAAAAGAUAGUAAUAUGGGAAGUGAAGAGUCGUGCGAGUUGUUACAGGCUAGUGAUAGUGGGCAAAUCAAUUGACAAGAAAGACAUGAGCUUUGUGUUGACAAAUAAAGCGUUAUUAAGUGUUGGGGUUGUACCUCAAGGUACAACAAAAACGAUAACUGCAAAGUCCAAGGGUUCCGGGGUUUUGGGUGUCAGAGCUUCUGCUGUGGAUUCCUAUGAAAGCUCUUCCGAUUUUGUUAAGCGUAUGGAAAAAGCUUGGCUUAUCUCUCAGCAACCAAGGCCAAUUGCUUGUUCUUCAUGCAGCUCCAAGGGGCACGUUGAAUGCAAGUGGUGUGGGGGUACGGGCUUCUUUAUUCUUGGGGAUAAUAUGCUCUGCCAAGUUCCGUCUAGAAAUACUAGUUGUGUAAUCUGUGCUGGGAAGGGAUCAAGGUGCUGCUCUGACUGCAAAGGAACAGGAUUUCGUGCCAAGUGGUUGGGUGAACCUCCGUUUUCCAAAUAGUGGAUAGUUUUUCAGUUGUUUCCUGCUGCCAAGUUAAUAUGUCGUAGGCUGCAAACUACCAUAAAAUAUAUUUGCUAUGUCCAUUAGAAUAGCAUAGCUUCUUUGACUCCAAAGUACAAAUCCCACCAUGUUUUUUUUUUUUUUUUGCUCAUGUACUUGUACAAUCUUGUCUCCUUAUGAAAGAGAAAAGAAUCAACGGUUGUUUCUUAUUGGUUGAAAUUGUCAGGAUGUAGAAUAAUUCAUUGUUUGUCUAGAGAAAUAUUUAUUCAAAAAAGUCUUAUUUUCUAUGCAUAGCAAGAUGAUAUCACUUACCAAAUUGUACAAUAAUGAAGCACGAAGAGCACCAAAAUACAGUCUUUCCAAAGGAGAAUGACCAAUGCUUGAAAUGGUUUUGAAAACUGCAGUUUGGAAUUGCUGUUUCCUUUGCAUGCAUUAUGCCUUUACUGUGUAGAAUUUUUCUAUCUCUUGCAAUUAAUUGAUGGGAAGACAAAUGCCUUGCUCUUUUAUGCAUGUUUGUUUUCUUUACGUAAUCACUUUGCAUGCCUCUAAAAUUGACUAUCUUGCACUGCAUACAGAGGUUU